GACAUUUACAGGCGAAAGGUUGGAACAACGAAAACAGCUGCGAGCACUCAAAAGACAGACAUAGCACACGAAACGACGAGCUGUGUGCUACGAAAGAGUAGGAGAACGAGCCUAAAAUCCUACCGAACUAGAGAUAAGACGCCUAUUUAGGCCAUUCAACGACAAUUUAGUAGCUUCAAAGUCAAUUUUGGCCCUGUAGGGUUGUCAAAUCUAACUGGAAUCCGUCAGAGCGACCAACACGACACAAAGCUAUCUAAAAGGAAAACGACACGUCAGUGGAGGUCGCCAGGUUGGGGUUUUCCUUUCUGAGUGGAAUUUUUUUUCCGGGAGGAAAACCGAGGCUCAAAACAAGAAAGCAAGGCAACUCUAAACUCUUCUGGAGGAAGUAACAAAAAGGGACAAGGCAGCCUGACCCGGUGCACUUCGAAGACACCCUCGCCGACUACACAGAGGAAGCAGACGAGAACCUUCGCCGGAGUCGAGGGGAUUCUGGGUGUUAUGACCCUGUCAUGAUGUCACAGUCAUUCUGCAAACCACGGCCAGCUGACAAAGGCGGCCGUGUGUGGCUAUCGGCCAAUCACAGAUGGAGUCCCACUAGAGUAACCUCUGGUUCAGGAGGACCUUCACUCAGGAGCCAGCUGCAACAUUGACAUACCACUUUGAUGCUUUUAUAGACCCUUUUUUCCCGGACACAUCUUCCAGAUGCAGUGUGUGUGUGUGGGCCGAAAUACAGAAGGACAGGCACAGAGGGGCUGUGCAACUCAUCUUGCUGAUUCACGCUGGAUGACAGUCUCACAACAGGAACUGUAGGACUUCACAAUCCCGUGGAACAUCCUUUUCUGGCCCUGUGGCGCUUGUGAGGACCCUGUCGCAUACGCAUUAGCCAGUACGAUCAUCUUCCACACAACAUGCGGCACAUUCAUGUGGAGUUAUCUCACAAAAAAGCUCCACUCGAGCUUCCAGCCCAGGAGGGAGACCUGCCUCCUCCUACGGCCCCUGCACAGGGCCCUGACUCGGGGGUUAGACCGGGGGGUGCCAGGCACUUUGACCAAGAGGAUUUGCGACAUCAAAAGGUCUAUCAGCUCUCCAUUUUCUCCCAGUUAGGUGGAUUUUCUACUUCCACAGAGUCCCACAAUGAUGCCCAACCGAGGCCUGUUCGGCUGGGCGUGAAAAGGGGGCUAGAGGAGCCCCAGUUGACUCACAAGCGCCCCCAUGUGACGGACUGCUCUGACAUAGACGUGUUAGAGGGAGGAGUGCUGUGUGGGCCAGCUCCAAUGCCAGCAGUGUUAAUGGGCUUAGUAAAGAGCUCUGGUGGUUGUGGGUCUCUCUAUUCUUGCACACAAAUGGAGCACAGAGACUCUGAGUGCGGGAUGUUGCCCAGAUCUCCUCCACUUUCCCCAAACCACAACCCCUCCCGUCGUCCAACACAGCACAAUCACGACAGGCCCAUCCCCGAUGUUUUCUCCCCACUCUCGCCAAAAUCCCCCCCAAUGUGUGAUCCUCACGGGCACCUCUGCGAUCAGAGCUAUUCUCUGGGAAGUUCAUCCAGACCUGAGCCACCAAACGGUGGGCGCACACCCACCUAUUCUAUAGGAAGCCCUGGAAAUGAGAGCUGUAUCAAUGGCACAGCCGGAGGUCAGCCGAGCCCUCAUUUGUAUGACAUGCCCACAUACGAGCCCCCGAGUCCCGCCAGUCCCACAAGCCCCCCGGGGCCCUUCUCCCCCCCACACCACACAGAACUCCAAGAACCAGGAGAGGCCACAGAAUGGGAUGCCGGGCUGGAAUCCUCGCCGCCUGAGCGAAGUGCUACCCAAACUGCUUCCUCCUCUCAUGGCCUAGCUUCGUGGGAGAAGACCCCCAGCAGUAAUGGCCACCGUUCGUCAUCAGCGGGCCCCUGGCCGGCGAAGAAGAGGUUGCUGUCCCCGAGCGAAACCGCCGAGUCGUGCUCAGAAGACGAGGGACCUUCUACCUCCAAGAGGAGCAGGCUUUCGUUGCUGGCUCCGGGGCUGGGAUCGUGUCGUAGCACUGAUGCUAAAGCUGCCCCUUACUGGAACCACCUUCUCCCUUCUAAGUGUGCCACAGACUGUACAAGGUCAGGGAGACGACUGAAAAGUGGUGCGCGUAUAAAAAGCCGGCAGUUGCGCAGCGGUAGACAUGCGGACAGCAGAACCUUGGCCCGUUCCAGCUGGCCCACCUCUUCAAUCAGCAGAUCACUUUUAGGAAACUUUGAGGAGUCGAUGCUAAAGGGACGCUUCUCGCCAUCGGGCCGCAUUGAAGGCUUCACGGCGGAGAUCGGUGCGAGCGGCUCCUACUGCCCGCAGCACGUCACGUUACCCGUGCAGGUUACGUACUACGACAUCUCCGAGCACAGUGCCCCCUCUCCCUUCCUGGGUUUGAUAUCCCUGGAGCAGCUGGGAAAGAAAGGAUACAGCAUACCCAAAGCAGGGACCAUUCAAGUGACCUUAUUUAAUCCCAACAAAACUGUGGUAAAGAUGUUCCUGGUGACCUACAACUUUGAAGACAUGCCUACCAAUCACAUGACCUUCCUGCGCCAUCGCAUCUUCCUGAUGCCCGUAGAGGAGGAGGUGGACAGAAAGAAACAGGGAUCACCAGGGAGCGCGCCACUAGAUGGCAGGAAGAUUCUCUGCUACCUGAUACAUCUCAGAUUCCACAGCUCCAAAUCUGGAAAGAUCUACUUGCACAACGAUAUCCGGCUGCUAUUCUCCCGAAAGCCCGUGGAAGUGGACACGGGGAUCCCUUAUGAGCUGAAAUCUUUCACCGAGGUGCCAAGUAACCCUAAAUACUCCCCCCGUGUGUGACCCUCUUGUGCUUCCUAACGCUAAAGAGGAGGAAGCCAAACAGACUGGAUUUUACAGGGACAGACAAACAGACUGGAUGAGGGAAGCCAAAUGCCUACAGGACUCUCUCUUGAUCCAGUGUGGGUCAAAAGUCUGUACAAAGAAAUGCACACUGAUACACGCACACGCCUGACUGAAUGCAGACUUCACACAUCUGGUGGUGACUCACGUUUAACUUGCAUGCCUUGUGACUUCAACACCUGUUUUCCUCGAGUGCCGUUCGUAUCACACUGUCCUUCUCUCUGCCUGCACACGUAACGCAAAAAGUCUUGGCACUCUUUCCUAAAGGGUGAUUUAUUCCAAUUGAAACACGCAGUGUGAUCGACAGACACUAAAGAGAGUACAGCGAUAAUUUCAGUCAGUCAGAGACCAACGGUAUUUGACUUCAAGCAAGGAGGGUUCAUCCAUCCCAUGUGACAAAAAAACAAAAUGCAAAUCAACUUCCUGUUAUGUAGCCAGACUGAGGGACAAUGUGCUAUUUCUUAAAAUAUUUUUUUAGAUUCUAUUCAGAGCAGUCUGAUGUUGGAGAAGAAAAAUGAAAAGGUAGUAUUUUUAAUUUAUGGAUUUUUUUUUUUUUUUUUUUUUUCGCAAAUGUCUUAAGAAGCAAUAUGCUGCACAAAACUAGUGUUCUUUAAGCCGGACGACCUUUCUCUUUGGGAGGGAACUGGACUUGAGGGAGGAAAUGGGAGGGAAGG